CAAAGAACGACAUCAAGUGCUUUUAACAUGUACGCUGUACUCUGUAGAGAAGAGCUAAGCCGAACACGUAACUGGAAGCCGGCCCGUAGUGGGUCCAGAGCAACACCCCACCUAUCCACACCGGUCCAACAGCAUCGUUCCUACUUCCACUAGAGCUCCCCAUAUUGCCGACCUUGCACCGAAACGUCAAAAGACCUAACCCAACCUCAACAAUUCCAUAAAGCAACUGUCACAUUUGACAAUCCCAGUCUGGAAGCAUUUCCUUAUAUCCAAAUUCCGGAACAUGGGUGACGCAGAAGCCAAACUAGACCACGAAAACCACCUCCUUCUCGACCAACCUCUCCUCCGGCUCCCCGUCGAGCUUCUGCGGAAGAACUUCCGAUCGGCGCAUUUCGAGGUCGAGAAAGAUGGGGCGUACCUGAAGAAUACGCUGCGAGAGACGGCGACGGGCGCCGUCAACGGGCGUGCCCAGCAGGCCGAUGUAUUGAAGAGCCUGGAUGCCAUGAUCGCCCGAGCACGCGGCACCAAGCGUAAACUGACGGCUUUCGCGGAUGAGGAGGCACGAUUACACCGGCACGAGCAAGCCCGCGUCUCCCAUCUGUCCGAUUUGUACGCCAUGUACAGCGUCGACGACGUGAAGUACGAGGCCUGGAGCCGAAUUCGGCUGGACCGGCUGCUAGUCGACUAUUUGCUCCGCCACGGAUACAACGAGAGCGCGCGUGCCCUAGCUCUAGAGAAGGGCGUCGAACCGCUUGUCGAUCUCGAGACUUUCGACCAGAUGAGCCGUAUUCGGAAGUGCAUUUUGAACCACAGCGUGGCGGAGGCGUUGACUUGGUGUACGGCGGGCGAUACCAAGAAGGAGUUGCGCAAGAUGGAUAGCAAUCUCGAGUUCAUGCUCCGCUUUCAGCAAUACAUCGAGCUCGUGCGAGACCGCACGACCAAGCCCACCGAAAUCCUAAGCUACGCGCGCAAAUUCCUCUUCCCCUACCGCGACGUCUACAAGCGAGAAGUCCUGCAAGCCUGCGGGAUGCUCGCGCUGCCCCCCGGCUCAGCACAAGACAUCGACGCAUACUCAAACCUGUACUCCCCGGGACGAUGGGAAAUGCUCGCGAACCUGUUCACAUCAACACACAACGCACUGCUCUCGCUCCCCUCCAUCCCCCUCCUCCACAUCGCCCUGCAAUCCGGGCUCUCCGCACUCAAAACCCCAGCCUGCCACUCCUCGCACCCCGCCUCGGCCGCCGCCCCCUCCCACUCCACAAGCCUAUCCCUCGCAACCAGCGUCUGCCCGAUCUGCAGCACCGAACUAAACGAGCUAGCCCGCAGCGUGCCCUACGCGCUACACAGCAAGAGCAACGUCGAGCCCGACUUACUAAUGCUGCCCAACGGCCGCGCCUACGGCAAGGCCCGCCUCGAGGAGUACGCCCGCAAGGCCGGCUGUCUCGACGGCCAGGUCAAGGACCUCCGCACCGGCGAGAUCUUCAGUUUCGAUCGCUUGAAGAAGGUGUUUAUCACGUGAGCGACGCGUGUGGUCUCAGGUGCUGGAGAUGGAUGCAGGCCUGUUUACCUAGGUACCUAUCAACUUGACUGAACUAUUCCCGACCUACUUAAUUCUAAGGGUCGGUUGGUCGGUUGAAUUAUGAACUGGGGUUUGACGAGUUACGAAGUCUUUAUUAGGGGGUUUUGGGUGUUGGUCUGAAUCCGAUACUACUUGAAUCCUUGAUUAAUCAAGGAUGACUACCUAGUAGUAGGUACGGAUCAGACGUUAAGUAGGUAGUCAGUAUGCCGCCACGCUUUCUCUUCCGACUGUUUGUACAUACAUAUGACGGUUUGUUAGCGGAUGGGAAAACGGGCGUUCUAUGGUAUUUGUCAGGGGAAAUCGCAGUUUGUGCAUGGCGUUGAGGUUGUUGGUGUUGACUAUUUUUACCUGGUAGGGGUAGAUAGAUAACAAAUGCUCAAAUACGUUUCAAGUUUAAA